CGUUGUCGAAAUUUACCCGUGGCCAAUAUUUCCAUCGACGAUCUGGCGUUCUCCACCAUCCAAGUUUGUCAAUCCAUUCGCUAACGACAUCCUACGGACUUCGUCUAGUUUCGCUCCAAUGGAUGAUUGUAGCAAUGAUAAUAGUAGAUACCAAGAAGAAACUACUGAUUCAGUACAAUUAAACGAACAAGAACAAGCUAUACUUGAAAAACAAAACUCGCGAAUAGUAUCUUCAUUUAAAGCACAAGAACUGGAUAAAUAUGCUAAAAAACAUUGGGAUAUUUUUUAUAAGCGCAACGGAGAUAGAUUUUUCAAAGACCGGCAUUGGACAACUCGAGAAUUCACUCAGUUACUUGGAGACAACAAUGGGAUAAAACAAAUUUUGGAGAUUGGCUGUGGAGUUGGUAAUUUUAUUUACCCUUUGAUAGCUGAUGGAAUAAAUGCCGAAUUUUUCGCUUGCGACUUUUCACCUAGAGCAAUCGAGUGUUUGAAAUCUAAUUUAUCUUAUAAUCCAUCGGUGAUUAAUGCAUUCACAUGCGAUAUUGUUGAGGAUGAACUGGUUACACAUAUACCUGAAAAUAGUCUGGAUAUGGUAACAUCUAUAUUUGUAUUAUCUGCUGUAAAUCCAGACAAUCACCAAGCAGUAGUUUUAAAUAUUCAUAAAGUUUUAAAGAUUGGAGGUCUUCUAUUAUUCAGAGAUUACGGACUUCACGAUAUGGCUCAACUGAGAUUCAAACCCGGUCAUAAAAUUGCUGACAAUUUCUACAUGCGACAAGAUGGCACUAGGUCGUAUUUUUUUUCAAUUGAAUAUCUCCGCAAUCUCUUUAUAACAAAUGGCUUUAAAGAAUGUUCCAAUAAGUAUGUAUGCAAAAGGACUGUUAAUGUCAAAGAAGAAAUCGAUGUACCGAGGAGAUUCAUUCAAGCUACAUUUUCCAAACAAUAAAACGUUUCUUAGUAUAAUAUUUCAAUAUCAUUAAACAACAUAGUAUUAUGCAAUUUUUAUUGAAAUUCAUUAUUAAUAUAAACUCCUACUUAUUGAACUGUAAAAUAAAAAUUUUAAUUAUUUUAUUUACAUAUUAAAACUAUCAAUAAUAAAAUCUGUAAAUUUAGUAGAGCAAAACUUUUCGAACAUUACCAAAUAAUAAGAAAUAAAUGUGUUCUCUUAUUAGAUAAUUUUAAUAAGAACACUUAGGUGCUGUUUAUGGUAUUCAUUUACUUUGAUUGUUUCUAUUUUGCGAAUCAAUGUUGUUAAUGUCUUAUGUAGAUCACUUUUUUAUGUUCAUUUCUAUAC